UACAUCACCAUCAUCAUCCAGAUGGCCAACGUGGGGCCGCUCUUUGUCACCCUCAUGCACCGCUUUCGACCCGGCUUGCUGAAGGAGGUGGCCGUUAUCUAUGUGAUCUUGUCCACGGGUGUUGUGGCCUGCUUGCUCCUGGCCUUCCUCUGGAACUACACGACCACCAUCGCCGGGAAGCCCCACAGCACCGCCUUCCUGCUCCUCACCUUCUUUCUGGCCCUGGUGGACUGCACCUCCUCUGUCACCUUCUUGCCCUUCAUGAUGCAGCUGCAGCCCCAGUACCUGACCACCUUCUUCACAGGUGAAGGGCUCAGCGGGCUGAUCCCUGCUCUCAUCGCCCUGGGCCAGGGCUCCAGCAUCUCCAGCUGCGUCAACAUCACCCACUUGGUCAACGUCACCAUCGGCAACGAGACCAUGGAGACCACCGUCUUCCAGCUGAAGACCCGCUACCUCCCGGCCAACUUCUCCACCCUCCUCUUCUUCCUCCUCCUGACUGCAAUGAUGCUGGCCUGCUUGCUGGCCUUCUUCUUCCUCACCAGGAAGCCCAAGGUGUGGGAGCUCUCCCAGCAGCAGCUGUUUCCCAGCAGCAUCAUGCUGAGCUCAUUUGACCAGAUCCCUGACGAGGGAGCUGGCUCGCGGCUGAGCAGAGGCUGCCGAUGCCCGAAGGAUGCCAAUGGCAUCCCGCCAGAGAAGGUCUCCUACUCCCUGGCCAAGCUCACCUUCAUCUCCCUCCUCAUCGCUUGGGUCAGCGCUCUGACGAACGGGGUCCUGCCGUCUGUGCAGUCCUACUCCUGCCUGCCCUACGGCAACAUCGCCUACCACCUCGCUGCCACGCUGAGCUCCAUGGCCAACCCCCUCGCCUGCAUCGUGGCCAUGGUCCUGCCCGGCAGGUCCCUGGCCCUGCUGAGCACCCUCACCAUGGUGGGGACAGGCUUUGGCGCCUACAACAUGGCUGUC